AUGUCUUCGACCAUGUCUUCGACCAUGUCUUCGACCAUGUCUUCGACCAUGUCUUCGACCAUGUCUUCGACCAUGUCUUCGACCAUGUCUUCGACCAUGUCUUCGACCAUGUCUUCGACCAUGUCUUCGACCAUGUCUUCGACCAUGUCUUCGACCAUGUCUUCGACCAUGUCUUCGACCAUGUCUUCGACCAUGUCUUCGACCAUGUCUUCGACCAUGUCUUCGACCAUGUCUUCGACCAUGUCUUCGACCAUGUCUUCGACCAUGUCUUCGACCAUGUCUUCGACCAUGUCUUCGACCAUGUCUUCGACCAUGUCUUCGACCAUGUCUUCGACCAUGUCUUCGACCAUGUCUUCGACCAUGUCUUCGACCAUGUCUUCGACCAUGUCUUCGACCAUGUCUUCGACCAUGUCUUCGACCAUGUCUUCGACCAUGUCUUCGACCAUGUCUUCGACCAUGUCUUCGACCAUGUCUUCGACCAUGUCUUCGACCAUGUCUUCGACCAUGUCUUCGACCAUGUCUUCGACCAUGUCUUCGACCAUGUCUUCGACCAUGUCUUCGACCAUGUCUUCGACCAUGUCUUCGACCAUGUCUUCGACCAUGUCUUCGACCAUGUCUUCGACCAUGUCUUCGACCAUGUCUUCGACCAUGUCUUCGACCAUGUCUUCGACCAUGUCUUCGACCAUGUCUUCGACCAUGUCUUCGACCAUGUCUUCGACCAUGUCUUCGACCAUGUCUUCGACCAUGUCUUCGACCAUGUCUUCGACCAUGUCUUCGACCAUGUCUUCGACCAUGUCUUCGACCAUGUCUUCGACCAUGUCUUCGACCAUGUCUUCGACCAUGUCUUCGACCAUGUCUUCGACCAUGUCUUCGACCAUGUCUUCGACCAUGUCUUCGACCAUGUCUUCGACCAUGUCUUCGACCAUGUCUUCGACCAUGUCUUCGACCAUGUCUUCGACCAUGUCUUCGACCAUGUCUUCGACCAUGUCUUCGACCAUGUCUUCGACCAUGUCUUCGACCAUGUCUUCGACCAUGUCUUCGACCAUGUCUUCGACCAUGUCUUCGACCAUGUCUUCGACCAUGUCUUCGACCAUGUCUUCGACCAUGUCUUCGACCAUGUCUUCGACCAUGUCUUCGACCAUGUCUUCGACCAUGUCUUCGACCAUGUCUUCGACCAUGUCUUCGACCGGAUUCAGUUGGUAUUUGCGGAAUCAGUUGGUAUUUUUGAGAUUCCUGCAUAGUGGAUCAUAA